GGUGUGUGUGUGGGGGUGUGUGUGUGGGGGGGUGUGUGGGUGGAUGGGUUGGUUGAGUUGGCGUCAGAGGAAUGUUUGGCGACAGUGGAGGCGACCAUUCGGCGCACAGAGAUCCGCCGGUGUGCGAACCCAGCGACGCGAGUGGAGGGCGUCAGCAAUCGCCACCACGGCAAUCGCCACCACCGCAAUCGCCACCACCGCAAUCGCCACCACAGCAAUCGCCACCACAGCAAUCGCCACCACCGCAAUCGCCACCACCGCAAUCGCCACCACAGCAAUCGCCACCACCGCAAUCGCCACCACCGCAAUCGCCACCACAGCAAUCGCCACCACAACAAUCGCCACCACCGCAAUCGCCACCACAACAAUCGCCACCACAGCAAUCCUUUCCCCCCCCCCGGCUGGGAGCCGCAGUGGACGAGUCCCACGGCCAGGUGAGCGCGAAGCCACUCGCGCGGGACUGUACGCCACUGUACACACUGUACAGGCUCCGGCUCGCUGCCGGCCAGGGAUGGCGGAGAGCGAUGAGGCGAGCGAGAACGAGCUGCUCAGCCGGAGCCUGUCCAUGUGGCACAGCGCUGGGGAGCGCCAGCGUGGAGCGGAGGAGAGGGACGAAGGGGGUGGCGGCUCAGAGCCGCGGCCGCUCGACCUCCACACGGCCGCCUCCAUCGGGCAGCAGGACGUCGUCUCCGCCUACAUCGCCAGCGAGGCGGAGGACCUGAACCGACGGAACCUGGGCGGGUGGACGCCGCUGAUGUACGCGUGCUACAUCGGCCACGACGCCGUGGUGGCGCUGCUGCUGAGCGCCGGCGCCCUCGUCAACUCGGCCAACCCCCUGGGCCAGACGCCGCUCAUGCUAGCGGCGUCCUGCGGCAACGAGAGCGCCGCCCGGCUGCUUCUGCAGAGAGGGGCGGACGUGGAGGCGGUGGACAAGCGGGGCUGGCCGGCGCUGCUGCACUGCACCUGCACGGGGCACCAGCACAUGGUGCGCCUGCUGCUGGAGCACGGAGCGGACGCCAACGUGCGAGAGACCAUCUACGGCCACACGCCGCUGAUGGAGGCCGCGAUGGCCGGCCACGAGAUCAUCGUCCAGUACCUGCUGAAGAAGGGCGUGCGGGCGCGCGACGCCGACCGCUCCGGGGAGACGGCGCGCAGCCUGGCCAUGAUGUUCGGCCACACCAAGGUGGUGGGGAUGAUCGACGCAGCGCUGGUGGCGGCCCCGCACCCCCGCUCCGUGCGCCGCGCCCCUGCGCUGUCAGUUGACCUGAGCAGUUCGGACGAGUGGAGCGAGGGGUCGACCGCGGGUGGCCGCAGAGGGCCCAGCAUCCACGACGGGCCACAGGCACUGGCCCAGCUCACCAGGAUCGGCACCGACGAGCUGGAGCCGCCCCCCCACACGGCUCGCUGUUGGUGGGAGGGGGGGGGGCGGAGGGAGCGGGGGAGCGGUGACGAUGGAGCCCAGCGGGGGCCACGGGGGAAGGGCGCUCGCGGGGAGAGGACGUUCCUCGGCACCGCUGUGGAGACGGUGCCCAGCGGCGGUGAGAGGCCGGCACGACUGCCGGGGCUGAGCAGGGACGGGUCGCUCGAGAGUAACGAGGACUCGGACAGCGGCACGGCCGAGCGGCAGCCUGUGGAGAACCGGAGGAACGUCGUCGGCGUCGUCGGCGAGAGGUCCGCCAGGCCAGCCGGCAAGCUCACCGCCUCGGCAUCCGGGCCGACGGCCGCGGCCGCAGCCCCGCGGCCGGAAACGGCGGCUGGCAAGGCCGCCGCUGCUCCCGCCGCCGCUCCCGCCAUUGCACCCGGCCGGCCCGCCGUAGGGGACGGCCAGCCCGGCACGGCGGCACGGCCGGCCGCGGCAGCGAGAGGGCCGGGCCCCAAGGACCUGGCGGAGCUGCUGCGGGAGAUUGGUUGCGGCAAGUAUGCCAGCGUGUUCGCUCAGCAGGACGUGGACCUGCGCGUCUUCCUCACGCUCACGGAGACGGACCUCAAGGAGGUCGGCAUCGGGCUCUUCGGCCCCAAGAGGAAGAUGGCGUCGGCGAUUGCCCGCUGGCACGGCCAGGCCGGCCCUCCCAGCGGGGCCCUGGAGGAGGCCUACGCCGACCACCUGGAGGCCGAGAUGCAGGAGAUGGCGAUGCAGUACCACAAGGUGAGCGAGGAGGCGACGAGGCUGAGGCUGGAGCUGCUGCAGGAGCAGGAGCUGCGGCGUGUGGUGGAGGGCUGCCUGCUGGAGGGGCAGCGCCGGCGCGACGGACAGCGGAUCCUGCUGGAGCGCUCGCAUGAAGCCAGUGCCCGCAUACGGGGGCUGGUGCACUCACUCGCGGCCGUCGCCGUCGACCCUGCUGACGGCACGGCACGGCCGGGAUUCACGGCGUCCGUGCGGGAAACCAUCAGCCACCUCGGGGAGGCUGCGAGCGAUCUGGAUGGCCACCUGCAGGAUCUGCGAGCGCUCUCCGAGGAGCAGACGUAGCUUCCCGGAGGGCCCCCCGGGGGCGCCGUUCCGGACCACCCCACCCCAACCCCCACCCCACCC